AUGAAUAUUCCAAAUCCAACGCUUAAGAAUAAUAAGGAAAAAGAUAGUUUCACUGUCUAUGAAGAAGCUUCUGUCGAAGAAACGCAACAAAGAUCUGAUGUUGCAUGUCAGACACAGAUUCGGUUUGAAAGCUGUCAAGUUCAAACCAAUGAUUCAGCUAUUCCAACAGAAAUGAGUGAAGAAGAAGAUGAACUGAUUUCAUAUUGGAAUAGAGUUUUAUCACAAAAUGGAAGUGAAAUUGAAAGAAUAAAGAAGUUAAAUGACGAGCUUGAAAAUGAAAUCGCUCGCGCAAAACGUGAAUUGAAUGAUAAAAAAGAUAUCUACAAUAGAAUUUUUGCGAAAGCGGCAAGACGACUCGACAAUAGAAACCGUUCGUCAUCAGCAUCUUCUUCAUUUUCUUCGAAAUCUUCCGAAGACGAUUCACCAUACGCCAACGAGCCAGAUGACCCGAUUAUUGUGAAGACAUAA